CGACAGGAAAAUGCCGCCACGGUCCGCACACUACGUAUUUAAAGCAACCCACGCAGCGGACUCGUACAUAUCCCGGUACGUUCACAAGCGUUCGCCGUCGAGUCGUGCAUGAUGUUGUAAUCAUGCCAAUUUCAUGACUUUUUUGGGCUUAGCAAAGUUCUCUGUAUAAUGCAUCUCUAAACUUAAGACAAAAUGGCAGGAGAAUUUACUGUAGGCAAGCGUGUUCAAGCGGUGGACGAAUUGGGGAGGUGGUGUAGCGCCCGAGUGGUGGCCGUAGACGACGGGGAAGGCCUAGGCACACUAGUGUCCUUCCCAGGAUUUCGUGGACACGACAUCCUCGCAACUCCAGAUCGCAUCAGACAGCCGACGCUUCCGAUAGAGGAACAACACAGACGGGGUUGCAGGCCGCGGGCAGGGAGAAGAAACUUAGAACAGAAGUGUACCAGUCAACAAUUGCGGUUUAUGGCUCAUUGCCAGGCUGGAGAUCUGAUUCACACGCAAGAUAAAGAAGGCACCAUAGCUAUUGUUGACCCGUUCAACAGGACUCUCAAACUGCAUGAUGGGGACCAUAUAAACCUGUAUGAUGUGGUGCUACCAGGAUGUGAGCAACCGCCUGAAAAAAAGUGCAAAAAGAGAAAGCACCAUCAAAUUAAGGGUGAUUGUGGCCACCAGCAGCAGCCUACCGUGGCAUCCAAGUCUGUUGUACAAGGGGCUGUACAGGAAAAUCAUGCACAGCCCUCAUCAUACCAGCAAAUACACCCCCAAUGCAACGAAAACCAAGAGGAAAAUGACAACCAAGUCUUCAGAGUUGGCCACCAUCAAUGUGGAAAAGUGCACAAGGUAAGUUACUGAUG